AUGGGGUCCGGGUGGAACUGGGAAGGGAGGGGCCCGGCCCCCCACCUCUCUCUCUCUCUCCCCCCCUUGCUGCCGACGUGCCUAAAGCGAGCGAGGAAGAGGCUAUAAAACCAUGGUUCUGGUGCUGCAAUCACCACUUCGCUUCAUAUAGGAGGAGAGGGAGAGGAAGAGGACAGAAGGAGAGGUGACAACGAAACAAGGGGCGGGGGAGGCACGGGAUUCCUCUUUCUCAUUGGAAACAUGAGAACAGAGCCCAGCAGAAUUCCCAAGUCAUCUUCUUGGCCGAAGACGGUGGUGAGGAAAUGGUUCCACCUAAAGUGCGGGGAAUUCCAUUCCGACUGCAACAGAGAGAGAUUGGGAGGACGAGUACAGGAAAGAAGAAGGAAGAGCUGUUCGGAUAAGGACGGCAGCCUUCAUAUGAGAAGGGAUUUGUCAGGUGGGUGGUUGGUGGAAAGCUCCGAGAGUCUUAAACCGCCCCGAUUCGGAGCCGAUACCCCAGUCCGUUCUUCACCUCCUGCUCCAAACCUCAGGAUGUUCGUGGGGACGUGGAACGUGGGAGGGAAAGCGCCCCACGGAGGGCUCAACCUGAGAGAUUGGCUUAUGAGCACGCCUUUCCCCGCCGACAUCCAUGUCCUCGGGUUCCAGGAGAUCGUCCCGUUGAACGCCGGCAACGUCUUGGGCGCCGAGGACAAGGGCCCCGCCUGCAAGUGGCUCUCCCUCAUUCGCCACGCCCUCGAGGGCCCCUCACUCGCCCGUCAUCGCAGCACUGCCAUGGACUCCGAGCCGGCUCAGAAGCCAAGGAUCAGCUUCUCGGAUCUCCUCUCCAUUGACGACAACGAGGGAGGAGGAUACGACGAGGACCACGAGCCGGGUAAUUACCCGGGCUACGGUAGCGACGAGGAACCGCUCGAUUCUUCUCUGGGUGGCUACUGCCUCGCGGCGAGCAAGCAGAUGGUGGGGAUUUUCCUGUGCGUGUGGGUUCGGGAGGGGCUGAUGCCGCACGUGUCCAGCCUCAAAGUCUCGUGCGUGGGGAGGGGCAUCAUGGGCUACAUGGGAAAUAAGGGAUCGAUUUCAAUCAGUAUGACUCUCCAGAGGACCACGUUCUGCUUCGUUUGCACGCAUUUAGCAUCAGGAGAGAAGGACGGUGAUGAGGUGCGGAGGAACUCCGAUGUCAUGGAGAUUCUCAAGAGGACCAGAUUCCCCCAGUCUCAUAGAUUUUCUCGUCCAGGGGCAGGAUCACCGGAAACUAUCUUGGAACACGACAAGAUUAUAUGGCUCGGAGAUCUUAACUAUCGCCUGGCUACGAGCUGCAGCGACACACAGGAACUGGUGCGGAGGAACGACUGGGAAGCGCUGCUAGAGAAAGAUCAACUUAGGAUUGAGCAGAGAGCUGGACGUGUAUUUGCUGGAUGGGAGGAAGGGAGAAUAUAUUUCCCUCCUACUUAUAAAUAUUUAGCUAAUUCUGACGUUUAUGCCGUCAACCCCGCUAAAUCUGGAGAGAAGAGACGCACUCCGGCUUGGUGCGACCGGAUACUGUGGCGAGGGAAGGGGUUGAAGCAGAUGCGGUACGUGAGAGGGGAGUCGAGAUUCUCCGACCACAGGCCCGUCUACUCCCUCUUCUCCGUGCAACUGGAUGACCACGUGGCAACAGCUGAACGAGACCGGGAAGGCACAAGUAACGGCCAAACCGAGGGCCUCGCAAGAAGCCGCGCAACCACGCCAAAUAAUCCCAACGCUAGCGGCAGCAGUUCGUCGUCGUCAUCAUGGGGGAAGGUCCAGGCAGAAGAGCUGCUCCUCCUAAGCAGGACACAAAGCUGUUUGGAGGCCUCCAGAUUCUGACCAGUGGCCACCACCAACUCCAUAUUUUACUUUUUUUUUAAACUCAAAAGAUUCUCGUUCUUUUCUUCAACAACUACCGGAGAAAGAAGGAACAGCAGUAGCAGAGCAUUAGAAGGAAGAAGACGAAAAGACAAGAUAGGGAAAGUAAAGACUGCUCCUUGUAAAGCGAAGGUUAGUUUUAGCCGCUGCGGGGGGCGUGCCUUGUUCUCUUCUUCUUCUUUUUUUAAUUUUUUCUUUUCUUCUCUUCCCUGGUGGGCAACAGCAGCAGCAGCCUUUGGUUUCUUGUUGCUGGUGUUCUUUGAUUCGGUUGGCCAAUUAGCCGAAAUCCGCGUGCUGGGUGUGGGGCGCGUGCGCGGCAGCCUUGGUCACGUGCUCAGAGUCGGAGGGCAGCGGUAUGAGAAUUGGUUGUUAAAUAUGGUUUUGCAAGUUUAAUUAUUGCAGCCACCAACUGGGGUGAGAGGGCUGUGAUGAUUGCAAAGCCAGGAGAAAGAGAAGGGCUUCCAAAAUGGACAAGUGUAAGAGGUUAGGUGACAGCUUUUCUGACUAUUUUCCUUUCUUUUUCUUUUAGGUCUGUUGGGUGGGAGAGCUGAAUGAAGAGCAUGUCUUGUUUCUACUUUCAUUCAUUUGAUUUAUUCUAUUUGUUCUGGCAGUA